AUGUUAACUUAUUCCACUUGUGAACAUUAUUUUGAUGCUGUUGACAUUUUUGGUAUAGACUUUGUUGCCCUUGAAGUUUUGGAAAUUGAUGCUAGCGAUUGUGAUUUAGAGCUGAAGAAUAAUCACAUCAGUAGAGUAAAUAUGAAAAUGUUAAAAUUACUGAAAAUUAAGUGUUGGCGUGCAAAUAGAGCACUCAUUCAAAUGAUAAAUGAACAGCAAACGUUAAAACAUCUGGAAACGGAGCUAUAUAAUGGUAUAUUUGUUAGUCAUAAACUUUUGUUGCAACAAUGUGGUUUAGAACAUUCAUUGGAGGAUCUCCUCAUCAGUUCUUAUCUGCCUCUGCCACUUAAGGAACUGGUAACGCUGAUAAAUCGUUAUAAGCAAGUAGAUGCUUUUUUGUUGGUCAAUUGCAUGCACACAUCAACCAUUAUUGUGGCUGUGAAUAUAACUAUUGUCUUUACUUACAUCAAGUUCGCCGUGCUACUAGAUAAUGGCUAA